UAGAUUAGAGAACCCCACAACUGGUGGCGCACGAAUUGCGUCGAGCUGCGAAACAGCAGCGACAACAGCUCAGUCUUCAAUGAGCGUUCGCUUUUUGUGUUACUCCAAACGGCUCUUGGUUGUGCACGCCACGCACGCGACCGUUCGACGAACACACCGAGCGCGGAAAGCUACUUGAGACGUAGCUCAUACUUGGGCUUACUGCAAAAAAACGCUAUUAAAUAUUUAUUACGAUUUAAGUGCUUGCAACUAACUAAUGGCCGCACGACGGCAACGCAACGGAAGUGAACGUUGAAGUUGAAAAGACGACGAGUGCAAGAACAGUGUGAUGCACGGCAAAGGUGCGUAUAUAAAAAUACAAACCAACGUUUAAUUAUGUGUUCAAGCUCAAGAAGUGUGAUGGCAAUAGAAAUUUGAAUAAUUCAUCAAAAACAACAACAACAACAUACGCGAUCAUUCAUGUUCAUUAAAAUGCAAGGCAAACUAAUUUUGUCUACGCUAGUACAACAAACCGUGGUCAACUUGAAAACAACAACAAAAAUUACUUAACUAAUACCCACAAUACAACAACAACUUGCCAGCAUAUACAUACAUACACGUUUCGUAUAAAUUAAGUAAGAUUAAGUGCGCGCAUUGAAACAAGUGCGAAAAAUAAAAAUAAAUCCCAACAACAACAACAACAAACAAUCAGUUGCAACUCAGCGAGUAAGCAAAAAAAUCGAUUACCGUAAAAUUUAUGCGUUCGCUGACGUUUUGCGAACCGUUAGAAUUUUUCACACGCUCAGCGCGCUGUCAAAGCGCUUGCACAGGCGGCGGCGGCCACAGGGACGCAAACGCGCCGAACAAGAAGUUCUUGUGCGAAAUUAGCGAACUGACUGACCGACUGGCGCGCCAGCGAAGCGGAAGGCGAGGAAGUGCCAGGCCAGCCAGCAGCUAAGUUCAUUCUAAGUGCAUUGGCGGCCAUUUACGACGGCCAACAAAGAGCCAUUGUGCACGAGUGUAUCAUAAGCCGCUUUGGGCCGACCACGUACCGUCGAUUGGUAUGUGCAUGUGUGUGUGUGCGUGUGAGUGAAGUGCAUAUAGAAGUUGAAAUGCGAAAAAAGCAACGCGAACGCGCGAAACCGGUUACUUGUUGCAGUUGUAUUUGAACCCUUCCGUGCAAAACAUAAAUAAAUAAAUAAAAAAGAAACAAAAACAAAAACCGAAACAAAACAAAGCCACGAAACGAGCAGGCAGGCAGCAGGUUAUUAGGCAUCCGCAGCCGCAGACGCGCGGUGAAUUUCGGAAAUUCACAAAGCACGGAAAACAAAAAGCCACAAGAAAGAACAACAAAAACAAACAAAAAGACGACAAAGAGCACCAGAACCAGUCAGAAGUUAAAAGUUGUUUGCUGUCGGUGAAGUCAGUGCAAAAAGCGAAAAGCACUAGCACAACAACAACAACGACAACAGUAAAAGCGACAGCCACAACAACAGCAACCGCAAGCAAAACGCAAACGAGCAGCCACUGCAGUGCACGGCGCAGUAGCAGCGGCAGCAAAACUAGCAGUAGUGUUGGCAGUGGAGCAGUAGUGGCAAUUGUGGCAGCACAACGGCAACACCGUGCAAGCACAAAGCAGCGGAAAUCGAAACUGAAACGCAAAUAGCGCGAACAAGAGGAAGCAGCAAAGUUGUACUCAACGUUUUGGCGCAUGCAGUAUGCCGACGGCAAACGCGUCCGUGCAGCAAUCAAGCCAGCGUUGCUUAACUUUGUGGGAAAUUGAAAGCACGUAGUGUAUUUUUUCGAAAAUUUAGUGGAAAAUUCUGAAUAAAUUGAAUAUUUGUGUGAAAAUUUGUUAGAAAAUACGAAAUAAAUUGAAUAUUUGUGUGAAAUCGCAAGUGAAAUGUGUGUAAAAAAUACAGUUGUUUAUAAAAUAACGGCGUGUAGUGGCUAAAAAAUACAGUUAAAUAUAGAAUAACGGCGUGUAGUGCCAUUCGUGUGUAAAUUCACGCUAAAAAAGUGCAGAAACAAAAAAAAAUUUGGAAAAAAUAUUGAAAAAAAAAUUUUGGAAAAAAUAUUGAAAAAGGUUUUUGAUACGAUUUGCAAAUAGUUUUAAGUAAAUAUAAUUAAUGUGCAUUUUUUGUUGUACGAAUGCGUCAACUUUUUGAAAAAUUAAAACGAAGCGCAAAUAUUUGCAGAGGCAUAAUUUUGAUGAAAUUUGUGCAGCAAUUUUGCUGUUGUGUGUUUUUAAGCAAAAAUUUACGUUAAAAUGUUAUGCAAUGAAGUGUUAGCGGUGAACAUUUUUAAAAAUUGAGCGUGUGGACUUUCACAAAAGUGCUAAAUUAGAAAGAAAAUAUUGAAAAUUUUCACAAACUUUCACAAAAGUGCAAAGUCAAAACGAAAAUAUUGAAAAUUUUCAGAAAAACGGCGAAAAAUUUAAAAGAAAAUUUUGAAAUUUUUAAGAAAAACGAGAAAAAUUGAAAAAAAAUAUUCAAAAUUUUUAAUGAAAGCGAAAAAAAUAAAAAUAAAAUUUUGAAAAUUUUUAAAGAAAGCGAGGAAGUGCUAAAAUUUUCUUUUAACGCAUGCGCAGAGAAAUAAAUUUAAAAAAGUUAAAAAAGUGUAAAUUUCGAAUAAAGUGGCAGCAUUAAUAAUGCAGUGUCGGGAAGCAUAAACUUUUUCAUCGAUUGCAUAAAAACUAUACCCAAAAUGAUUACUUAAAAACAGGAGAAAAUCGGUACUAAUGCAUGCUUAUAAGAAAUUAAUUAAUUUUGGCUAAAAUUUAUUCGCAAAUCCGUUGAAAAUGUGUGCGCGCUGACGAGUGAAUUUUGAUAAUCGAAAAAGUUAAAAAAAAGUAUAAAAAUAAAUAAUUUGAUAAUUAAAAAUAAUUAAAAAAAAAGUUGUGGAGAAAUGUGUUAAUUAAAAGAAAAAAAUUGUGUACAAAAUAUGCCAUGCAACAACUGGGCCUCAACAAGUUGCUAGUAUAACUUAGUGGCCAACGUGCAACAAGUGGCAAGAUGCCUGCAGCGUGCAACAAAACUCACUUGCGCCUAAAAUUAAUAUGCAAAAUGCGAAAUAAACCAAGCAGUGUGUGAAAAUUAAAAAAAAAAUAUAUAAAACCCGUUAAGCAAAUAGUUGUAUGUGUGUAGUGAAGAAUUAAGCAUAAGUGUUAUUAAAACAAUGUCUGCCACUUCAAAGACAAAUAUAACAACAGACUGCGCAAAUAAUAACGCCAACACUACUGCCAACAACAGCACGUCCACCAGCAACAACAAUAGCAGUAGCGCUAGCGCAACGCUUGUGAGCAAUAAAUUAGAAAUAACAACAAUAAAUAGCAACAACAACAACACUGCCAUAAAAAAUACCUCAGCAGCAGCCGACACAAGCGCCACAAAGCAGCCAGCUGAAGCCGCCACCAACGUUGCGCCGCCAGUUUCGCUCUUCGAUCAGCUCAAGAAUAGCGCCAAUCUCAAUAAUAUCAAAUGCGGCAACAACAACAACAACAUCGACGAUAGUAAAUUUAAAACUUCGCGGAAUCUCACCGAUUGGCGUAGAUUGGCCGAUGAUGAUAGCAGCAACAAUAGCGCGUCCAGUUGUAGCAGCAGCAGUGGCAGCGAUAGCAGCAUUUGCAACGUCGGCGGCACUGCAGCGAGUAUUGGCUUGCAUGAGCGCACGUUUAUAGACUCUUUCCAGCAGCAGUUUGUGGCCGCUGUUUUAGGCAAAGCCAGCAACAGCAGCAACCCUAGCAACAGCAGCACACUAAAGACAAUCAAAAAAGUUACAACACCAUUCACUGCCAAAUUGGACCAUGCCACAGCGAGCAACAGCAAUUGCAGUAGUGUUAGUGUAAGCAAAAUGCAUGGGAAAGAAUUCGUUAAGACGUCGGCCGCAAAGGAGCUUGCGCUGGUGACAAGUGUCGGUGACAGAAAAGAUGCGGAGGCAUGCAACAACAUUUUAGAUCUCACUUUACAACCCGCCGCCAAGCGUAAUAUGUGCUUAAGAGCGCCGGCCAACAAAGGCAAGACUGAAAUGAAGGCCACAGCCACUGCCACAGGCGAUGCAAGCAACCAUGCCACAGCGGCAGCUACAUUAUGCAAGAGCAGCGUGGACAAGUCAAGCGGCAACACCGCCAACAGCCCGUGUGGCAGCAAAGCUGAUGCGCGUGUUGACAGCAAAUUGUGCAACACCACCGCAAACGCCUGCAAUACCGUUAAUCAGGCGGGUAGCAGUGAGAGCGAAAGUGUCAGCAAGCAUGGCAACAACAAAAGCAAUAGCAAUGUUAGCGAACACAAUAGACUGAGCCACGGCAAUGCUAAUUGCGUGUCAACAAAGCUGGCCGGCGCGAGCCCGCAACAGCAAACACAACAACCACCGCAAAAGCAAAUAAAAUUCCCCAUGCCCACACUGCCACCGCCCUCAGCGGCGGUGAGUGCCGCAGCGAAGCCCGCUGUCGAUAGUAAAAGUCGCAAAGGCAAUAACAAUUCAACAACAACUGCAACGGCUGGCAGUGUCGGCAUUGUGCGUGGCACUAAGCGCGCAGCCGGUGCCCCAACAGAUGCUAAUGGACCUGCCGCAACGUCUUUGGAUAGCUUCACUACACCGGCCUCUGUGGCACCGCUAACGGCGCAUUACUUCGCGCUAACCAAGCGACAAAAGCAGGCGUCCACAGCUACAACAACAAUGAACAAUUCCGCACAUUCCACCGGUUUACUAAGUGAUCAACAACAAAAACAAUAUAUGGACAAUUUACGCGCUUUACUCGACUCGGAUAAGCUAAGUUCGGUUUACGCGCGUAACCAGAGCGGCAGCGACCUCAAGUCUGUCGUCUACUCAGCGCUCACGAGUGCUUUAUGCGGCGGUAACAGUGCUACGGCCACAGCGGCUAGCAAGCUGCUGGCAGCCGCUAAUCAAGCGAAAAAGAAACGGAAGAAGAAACGCUGCACGGACCGGUGUGAUUCAUCGGAAUCUUCGGACAGUGGUGUCGUGAUAUCCCUUAGCAGUACGGACUCUAGCACUGGUUGCAGCGAAGAUGCUUCGGAGCCGGGAUCGCCAUUUAGUCAGAACUCAAUAAUAGGUGACGAACAGCAUAGCAACUCGCCCGCCAAGGCCAAUAAAAGCAGCGCUGAAAACCAUACAAUCAUGCCACCACAAACUACAAUACUGGCUGCGGCGAAUAACAGUACCACCAGCGGACAAGCUACCAGUAAUAGUGCGAAUGGAUCGACCAACGGUACUAGCGGUUAUACACAAACUGUCACAGGAACAAAUAGCAAUAACAGCAACAACACUGCCAAAUUAAAACAAAUUCAACAACAACAACAACAACAAAAGAACAAUAACACUGCCACUGUCCGCAAUGGACUCCCUACUCUUCAAUGGCCGUGGAAUAUACCGGCAAGUAGUAGUACUGCACACACCACAAACACAUCAGCAUCCGUGCAAAACAGCAAGAAACGCGGUGCCGUUAGUGCGAACACCGCAGACAAUAGCUCAGGUAAAAAGGCACGAAACACAAGUGCAGAUAGUACAACAAAUGGUGCAACCGCAGCAUCAACUGGCAACGCGUCUGCAGUCAGCGCUGCAAAAAGACUGAAAGCGGCAGCAUUGGAGGAGUCGCAAACAAAAAUAACUGGUUACUUCAAGUCUCAAAUGAAGUCUCAAAUUCAUCAAAGUAACCUAACAAAGCGCAAUAUGGAAUCUGUACUGAUAGCCACAUGCAGUUCAUCAAGCUCGGGUCUCAACACAACUUCGCUUACGAUGAGUGCGCCGGCCACCACAGCAUCACUAAAUAAAUAUUUCAACAUUUUAGAACAGUUGAAGGAAAAUAGCCACAAUAACGGCAGCGGAAGUAGUAACAGCAAUAAUGCUACUAUUUCAAAGCCAACACUAGUUGCUUCAUCUUCAUCAUCCAUAAAUAGUAAUAUAAUUGCAGCAGCACCACCUACGCCGACGUCUAUCGCUCCAGCCGCUUCCACAUAUGUUGCGCCAGCGUCCGGAUCGGGUGGCGUCGUAGCCCUGACUUCCGCUACCGCCAUGUCCUCCAUGCCUGUGCCUGCUUUGAAGAAAAUCGAACGCAGCAAACCGACUAAAAUAGCGCAGGUCGCACCGAAUUUACGGAAAACCCCUUCCGCUUCGGGCAACUACAGCGGUGCAACAGGCAAAUCUCCAGCAAAGAAACAUGUCGCUAUAGCGCCGAGAACGCCCGAAAUGAAACAGCAACAAAUGCAGCAGCAGCAACAACAGGCGGCAGCGAAAGCCGAAGCAGCUGCAGCCAAACAAACAAGCACAGCGGCAAGCACCCAACAGUCCCAAACUGCAACGCAAGUGAGUGCAAAUCAGCCCGCAGUCCUACUUACAGCGAUACGUUUGCCUACACAAACAACAACGGCAUCGACACCGACGGCGUCCGCGCAACUAAAACAAACUGUAUCACCACCGAAAUUAACACCGGUUGCAACUGCUACUGCGACCACCACAACCGCCGCACCCGCCACCGGACAAACGCUUUAUCAAUUGCCCGCAGUACAACUGCCGAAUUUAGUGCAACUGCCGCAGUUGUUGGCUGCCACCAAUGGUGCCAAUAUCAUGCAGUUGAACAACGUGGCCACCGCCGCUAAAAACGCCAAUGCCACAGCGUCUGCCGCAGCCGCAGCUACAUCUGCGCAGGCUGCUCAAGCUGCAGCCGCGCAAUAUUUCCUCAAUGGCACCGUCUUCAAACUGCAGCAAUUCACAACAGCGACUACCACGACGGCAACGUCCGCUGUAGCCGCCGCCAGUGCCGCCGCAACCGCGAAUCCAUUCAACCUGAUGACUGCCGCAGACCUACAAGAAAUACUCAUUAAGCAGCAGCAACAGCUUCAACAACAGCAACAACUGCAAUUGCAACAACAACAGAAAGCGGCUGCAGUAGCUGCAGCAGCAGCGGCGUCAGCCACUGCCCAAGCUACCAACACUAGUUUCCAAGAGAUCUUCCAGCAGCAAAUUGCCGCGGCUAUUGCGGCAAAUCAACAGCAACAACAACAGCAGCAGUUUCAACAGUUGCAACGCUUGGGCGCCGCCGCUGCACAGCCGGUAUUCAUGGCCACUCCAGCUGGCCUACUAUUGAACGCCGCUUCACUGCCGGCUAUGCUGGCACAAGCGGCCGCUGCUUUGGCAGUCAAUAACAACCAGCAGCAACAGCAAAAACAAAUGCAAAUGCAGCAGACCCAUCCACAGCAGCUGCCGGCACUGCAGCCAAUACAACCCAGCGCCUUGCCUGCGCUAAGUUCCAUUUUUGCUGGUGCAGCGCAGCAACAACAGCAGCAGCAGCCUCACUCCUCCCACGACCAGCAUACUGACUUCCAGCAGCAACAGCAACAAUUGCUAGCGUUUUUGCAACAACAACAGCAGCAGCAACCUCAAUUCAUAACAACAAGCCAGCCACCUCCGUUAUCAGCUGUAAAUUCGACUUCGCCGCAAACUGCAACUGCCGCUGCCACUCUAACGCCACUGCCAAUAAAUGCGUCUUCAACCGCAACUCCUGCAAAUAACGCAAACACUGCCAAACUGGCCAUAGUAAAAGCGACCACUGCCUCCACACAACCGCAACAGUUUGCCGCGCUCAAUUCGCAACCGCCUCCAUUAGUCACCAUUUCACACGGCAAAGCACGAGCGACUGCAAUAGCACCGGCCACAGCCAUCAGCGCCGUCUCCAACGCUAAUGCAACGGCGAAUAAGCCGGCCGCAUUGGCGAAGCCAUAUCAAAAGCGCAUGCCGAAGGUGGCGCCUGCGCCUGUGCCAGUAGCGCCAGCACCGAGCAAGCCCGUGCUGACAAGCGCUAAAGCGAAAAUCUCUACCGGCUGCAAAAUCAUUGCCACACCCACCACCCCGCCGCCACUAGUACCCGCUCUCAGCAGCAAUAACAGUAGUGGUAUUAGCAGCGUGGCCUCCACACCCACCAGCCGUGCCGCUCCAGUGGCGAAGCAACUGCUACCGACCAGUGGACUGCCUACGCCGGCGCUCAUUAGCAUUGCACCCGCACCUGCGACAAUCACAACAACCACCACUGCCGCAAUUAGUGCAGCGGCUGUGCCGAGUGCCAUGAAAGUAACUGCUUUACCGCCACUUGCGCCCAAACUAACGCCGGUCGCCGCAUCGAUAACAACAACGGCUGUGUCAUCCACCGCGGUAACGGCAACUGCAGCGAAGGCGAUCUCAGCGAGUGCUGCCGUCACAGCAACAACCACCACAACAUCCACUCCAGAUCUCUUCGAUUUAGUAAAGAAUUCGAAUGGCGCCAUCACUAUAUCAGCACCAACUACUAUUAGUAACAGCAAUAACAACAAAUGUCACAACAAUACAUUCAAUAAGUGCGCAGCACUACUGCCAUCAUUCUGCAACUCAUCGCUGUCAUCAUAUUCAUCUGCAUCAUCGCCCUCGCUCUGCUCCUCCACGCAUACCGUGUCCAGCGAUGGCUUUUGCUCGAAGAUCAAGGAGGAGCCGCUGGACGAGGUGGCCAAUGCUCCCUCAGCCAACACUUCGGAUAGUGGUAUCAAAUUAGAGAGCUUCAAUGCGUCCACACAUAGCCAAAUGUUAUCGGCAGAUAUUAAGGUCGAACUAAUGGAGGACACUACCAAAAUGUAUCCGUCAACCGUCAAUAGUAUUUCGACCAGCAUUGGCAACAGUAUCACGCACGGGAAUGAUUACUCGUCGUAUUCCUUCAGCUCACACUCGAAUUCGGUCUCCUCGGCCGCUGAUCUUUCACUAGAAGCAUCUACCCCACCGUCGCUCUCUUCCUUGUCCGCCUCUUGCUCAUCCGCACCCUCGCCGGUACCUUCAUCAUCGGUGGGCGCAUCACCGCGUAAUUCCCCGCCGCCAUUGCCGCCAACACAGCCAUGCGAAUCCAAUUCAGCUUCCCUGAGCUCGGAAUCCUCCGCUUCGUGUGUCACGGCCGCUACUGGCAGGGAUAUGCUCAGCGAGAUGGUUACAUCGUCGUGCAUAUCAUCUAAUCUCGCUUCGGAAAUGUCGAAUUCAGCUGAUGGCUCAACCACACAUGAGAAGUCGCUAACAUCCGGCCUCGAGGAUGUCGAAAAGCGUGAUUUGCCCACCCCCGAGUCCGGCAUAGGUGGCAGUUUGACGGCUAGUGAAAGCAGCGAAUCCAUCGUCAGCACAAUUUCCAACAACAGCAGUAAAGCUGAAAUUAUCGCCAACAUCAUCAAUUCAAUCGACUCAAAUUCACCGCCACCCACACCACUGUCUACGAUUAGUGCUGGCAGCGCAGAAAGCGGCAGCCACAUUAGCCACGCCAUUGCUGACAUCAAUUCCAACAGCAGCAAUGCAGCAACGCCAAUUUCAUCAUCAUCACCAGCUAACAGCGCUGAUUUGAACACCAAUUCUACCUCCAAUAGUGCCGUACCCGCAGCACCGAGUUUGCCGAAUAGCAUCGAUAACAGUAAUUCAAAUAGCUGUACAAGCAGCAGCAACAGCAGUGUUAGCGGCGAGCCACAAUCGACCACCAGCAGCAAUUGCUUUAACUCAACACCGACGCUAAUCGACACCAAGCUCGCGGAGUCCGCGAGUGAAGCGCUGCCCAAGUGCGCCAUCUCACCCAUACUCUCGCAACCGAAAACUAUACGCUUCCCUGCAGAGACAGGUGGUUUUCGGUAUGGUCCUAAAGGAGCUAAACGUCACGACGGCGUCUGCUACUGGGAUAAAUGCAAUAAGAAGCAUGAUAGCUGCUCCAAAUUGUUGGAUCACAUGCAGACACUACACGUCAAUACGCAAACUGGGCCGUUUUCAUGCCUCUGGGUCGGUUGCAAGGUGUACAAUAAGGAAUCGUGCUCGCGUCGCUGGUUGGAACGACACGUGCUAUCGCAUGGAGGCUCGAAGCAAUUCAAGUGCAUUGUCGAAGGUUGCGGCUUGCGUUUCGGAUCACAGCUGGCCCUUCAAAAGCACGUAAACAAUCAUUUUACGGCCACCGAAAAUAAGGAGAGCUCCAAUAAGCGUACCUCGGAUCCGCCAGUGCCCAAACAGCUGCGUAAGAAUGGCAAAAAGCUGCGCUAUCGACGUCAACCAUUUUCAGCGCGUAUGUUCGACUUCUUUGAUUCCGGCAUAAUGGAGGGUCUUCAACAUCGUCUGCGGCAAAUAAGCGUGCUUUCAACGAGCUCCAACACAAUAACGUUUCAGGGCCAGUGCAUGAUGCGCCGCAAAACACAGCAAGGCAGUUACGAGAGCUUUAUUCGUUGGUCACCGCGUGAAAUCAUUUCCGACGAGUGGGUGCCGGCUUGCGAUGGGCCUUACACGAAAACAGUUAACAUUAAACGUAUGCGUCCCGCGGAGAAGAUAAAGGUUGAGAGCCUACUCAUGACCGCUUACAAAAUGCCAUAUUCGCCAAAUCUGUUCGACGACGUCAGCGAUGAAGACGACGAUGAUGAUGAGGAGGCCUCCGAUGAUGGCGAUGAAGAUGAUGAAAAUAAUGAUGGCGACGACACCACCGAAUUGGCGACUUUAGUGGAAACGGUGCGCAGCUCACAACAGCAGAGUGCGCUUGCAAUUUCCCGUAAGCAAAUGCAGCAACGUCGUAAGCAUCCACGUAAGCCGCUGAAACGCGUGCAUUUGGAUAAACCAUUGAACGUUUAACUCGCUGAAGUUACUCGCCGUGGCAAGCGCCAGCGCUGCUCAAUGAUCUCCUACUAAGAAUUAGGCAAUGUUUGUGGCAAAUGAAAAGUCUGCAAUAUAUGAGUUAAGUGUUUAAUUUGUUAAGGCUCAUGGACAACAAUAAAAACAACAACAAUAAGAACAACAAGAGCGCAUACUACGCAGCAGUCAAUAUAGUAAUUAGUAUUUUUUUGUUAAAAUUAAUUGUAAAAUUUAAUCAAAGAUGACAUCGCAUAUACAUACAUACAAAUAUGUAUAUAUAUAAAUUAUAUUUUUUUAUACUUCCGUUUGUAAAUGUCUUAGAAGAGAGUAGAUUGCAUAAGCUUACAAAACGCACUUUAUGUAAAUAAAAUAUUUAGUGUAUUACUUAAUAAGCAUAUACCUAAUUGUAAGAGAAUUUAGCGUAGACAUUAUUUUUUACGAAUAAUACAUUUAUAAGCGACUUAAAAACUUAAAGCAUACAAAUUAUACAAAAAAAUACAUUCAAUUUUAUUUUUUCAAUUUAUAUCUAAUCAGUUAGUUGUAUUUUGUUUAAGUAUGGUUUUUAGAAAAUUGUUUUAAUAUUUGUUUUUAUGGUGCAAAGUUAUAACCUAAAUAUUAUUUUGUUAAAAUUUAUUUUUUUAACAUGAAAAAGCUUCAACUUUUUACAGCUUUUAUAACAAUUGUUAUCAUAUAAAGUGCUGCUGGCGAUUUUUCUCCGAUUAUAGUUUAAGU